GCGAAUGAUGACCAACGCCACCAUCCAAACGCACGCAUGCCUGACGAAACACACAAAUCACACACACACCAGCUUCCCACCAACGAGCCAGCCAGUAUGCACUUGCGCGACUGCUGGCUGGCUGGCAUUGCUCUCAUGCCUGGCAUUCCACACACGCUUUGAGCGCUGCGCGUUCGUUGGCUUGCUUGCACUCUUUCCUCCCUGUUUGUUUGUUGACCAAACCAACCACAGUGUGUUUCUUCUCUCCUCAAACAGUUUGAUCAGUUUCACAUCCACCCAUCCAGCAUCCAUCCAACCACUCAAACGCUUGAGUUCUUCUUCUCCUCUGCUGCUACCUGCUGUCGCCGCCUCUACUGCUGCUGCUGCUGUCGUGAGCCCUUCCUUCCUUUGAUCACGCCAACGUCGCCCUUGUCAGACGUACCUCUCCCCCUCGCCCUCCGUUUGAACAAGGAGACAAACGAAGAUGAACAAUGACCCUCAGACCAGCGUGGAGCCAGCCAAGGAGCAGGCCUCAUCGCCUUCCGCCUUCAAGAAGAUGGUGCAGAGCGUCAAGCGCAUCACCACCCGCCACGCAAAGAGCGAUGUGGAGCGCGCCUACAAGUUUGGGCAGGAGCUCGGCACAGGCAACUUUGCCGUGGUGCGGCUCGCUGAGCACCGUGGCACCAAGCAGAAGUACGCGUGCAAGAUUAUCAACAAGGCCCUCUGUGCAGGCAAGGAGGACAUGAUUGAGACGGAGAUCAGCGUCCUGAAGAAAGUCAAGCACAAGUACAUUGUCGGCAUGCACGAGUGCUUCGACACCCCAGAUAAGCUCUACCUCGUCCUCGACUACGUCUCCGGUGGCGAGCUCUUUGACCGCAUCGUCGAUGAGGGCAACUUCACAGAGGCCGACGCGAGCCGCAUCACAAAGCAGAUGACAGAAGCCAUCCAAUACCUGCACGAGCAAGGCAUUGUGCACCGCGACCUCAAGCCAGAGAACCUGCUCUUCCGUGACCGCAGCCCAAACUCUGACAUUCUCGUCACGGACUUUGGCCUCGCCAAGCUCCUCAACGACAACGUCGUCCUCAAGACGGCGUGUGGCACGCCCAACUACGUGUCCCCCGAGAUUCUGAUGCAGCGCGGCUACGGCAAGCAGGUGGACGUGUGGUCGCUCGGCGUCAUCCUGUUCAUCCUGCUGUGCGGUUACCCGCCAUUCUACGACGAAUCAGACGCCGUGCUCUUUGAGCUCAUCAUGAAGGGCCGGUUUGACUUUGACGAGCGGUACUGGAAGGACAUCUCCAAGGAGGCCAAGCACCUCAUCUCCAACAUGCUCGUGGUCGACCCCAUCAAGCGCUACGACACGUGCCAGGUGCUGCAGCACCCCUGGAUCACGGGCAAGGCGCACAUCCCGACAGUCAACCUGAGCAAGAGCAUCAGCAUGAACCUGAAGAAGACCGGCCUUGGGCAGGGCAGCAAGAACGACGAGGAGGCCUUCAAGACCGCAAGCGCACCCAGACCUCAGCAACAACAGCAACAGCAGCAGCAGCAGCAGUACCAGGCGCCUGCACAGACACCAACAGCAGGGCGAACCGCUGCCACCAGCACCUCCUCCUCCUCGUCUUCGUCUUCAGCGUCACGCACGCCGCAGCACAGCCACAGGACAGGCUAUGCCCAUAGCUCAACCUCGGGCACACCAUCAUCAUCGUCGUCCUCCGAGGCGCGCAGGCGGGCUGCUCGGCAAAAGGCAGAGAAGGUGGCGACCAAUCUGAGCAAGGUUCCGGAGACACGCAAGACCGUCGUGUAACCGCUGCUGUUGAUUGCGCCAAGCCGCUGCACCCUCGUGCGUUCGCAUGGGACCACACAUGCGCGCACACGCGCACAUGUGGUCAUCCACCACAUACUGUUGAUUCGCUUGCUCCCUUGUGUUGCUUGUUGCUGUGUAUCUUGUUGGUGUGUAUUCAUUCCCAACUGACUGCUGUUACGCCCUCCUCGAUGUGAGUUGGUUGCUUGCUUGCCUUGCCUUGCCGUUCUUGUUGUUGCUGCUGUUGUUGCUGUUGGUACGGUUGACUUGGUUUGACACCUUGAAUGUUUGUUACGACACACGUGCGCACUUUGGUUUGAUGCAUGUCUGAUGAUAAACCCAGAAGCCUCAACAAGA